AUGGUUAACCCUCGGUCGAAGCAUGCUACAAGACACAAAUUCCUACUCAAACGACUGGUCAAGACCCUCCGCUCGGCGUGGGGCAUGAUCAUCGAGAUGGAGCCGACUGCACACCUCGGCUCCGGCGCUGGCGACUCGGACGGCCACGAUUCGGGUCUCGAAGACGGUUCAAGCGAGGAGGAGCAGCCCCUGAGCAAGCGGCAACGGAAGCAAGUGGAGCGCUUCCCCGCGGGGCCUGCUGCGGGAAAGAAGCCGGCCGGACGGGACAGCAAGAAGCCAGCAGCCGCGUCAAAGCCUAAGGGCAAGAAGAGCAAGGGCAAGGCGGACGAGGCGGUGCAGCCUCAGAUCAACCUGCGGACCGGCAAGCCAUACGUGCGGGGGGGCCCCUACACCAAGAAGUCGGACACGAUCCACGGGCUCAAGGCUGGGGCCAGGAAAUCGAACCCGAAGGAGAAGACGACGGCGCAGGCCGCCAACGUGACAGUGGAGGAGCUUGCUACGGAGAGGGCCGAUGCAAUGCUGGUCGAAAUGCAAAAGGAAAAACUCCAGAAGCAGCUGGCGGACGCCAAGGCGGCGCUCACAAAGCUCAAGAGCGAACAGGAGGAGGCCGAGAGGGAGUACCAGUCCAGGAUGUUGCAGGCCGCGAAGGAGACCGCCGAGCAGCUCCGGGCCGAGUUCCAGCGCGGACUCGAGAUGGGCGCAAGGCUCGUUUCGGGCGGGGAACUGGACAGAAAGAGAAGCGGCGAGGACUUGCCCGCCGAGCAGAACAACACCGCGCCCCUCCCUCGCUCGCCCCACCGCUCUCCGCGCGCCGCGAAUGGCGCAGCAGCGCUAUUCGCGGCGACGACUCGGCGCUUGUCCGGCGCCGUGACCUUGCAGCGGCGCCAGUUCGACCGUGCCACGCCACUGUCGGACCGUGGCGACUUCGGCGCGGCUUUUUGGGCUCAGGCCGGGGACACCAGCUUGUUGAACAUGCGGGUGAAUCCUUUGAUUUUUUAA